CGUUCGCAACUGCAAAGGAAAAUACAACGUCAGGAAAUAGUCCAAAGAAGGUCUUUAGUUUUCAGAAAAAAGGUCCGACCUCCGCUGCCCGCCUUACUUCCGUGUUCCGCUCACCUGUUACACCUGUAUCGCUCGCGCUGUGUAGGCCGCGGCACGCGCGACUCCUGCUCCACCGGUGCACCUGUCGCGUCACUGCGCCACGAUGACCGAGGAGCUCACACCGUGCGACCUGACGUGCCCGUCUUCCCCGGUUCCGAGCGCCUCGGGGACCAAGGGGACGGAGUUCGAUCAGCCCAUUUUCUCCGUGCUGAGCGGCGGGGGGGAGCGGGAGGAGAACCAGGAGGCGGAGACCCCGCCGGCCGCGACCACCGCCGACGCCGAGUCCGGAAUCUUCUCCGGUGAAUUCGAGGUGUGCGUGGAGCACGAAGCUGAGCUCGACUGGUUCUGCGGCACCGAGCGGAAACUCAUCUGCUCUCAUUGCGCCAUCGUGGGCCCCUGCCACGGACACACGGUGACCCCUCUGGCCACCAGAGUAACCGCAGUGAGGAACCGACUGGUGGAUGUGUGUGAGAAAAUGCAGCUGCAGGCACUGAGGAUUGAGAGAUUUAUUGAGCAAACGUUGACAGACAAAGAGCGAAAACUUCAGUUGGCGGCGACCAGGGCGAGGGAGCAGGUCUUGGCUCAGGUCAGCGCGGUGCGCGAAGCCCUGGAGGAGGAGGAGCAGCGUCUCCUGGAGGAGGUGCAGAGGGAGGAGGAGCGAGUGGAGCAGUGCCUCCUCACCCAGAGGGUCCACUGGCGCCAGGCCUUGGCGACUCUGACGCAAACGCGCUCGGGCCUGGUGCACACGCUGACGCACACGUCGGACGCCCAGCUGGUGACUGGUGUCCAGGAGAUAGCCGACAGGGUGGAGGAAGCCGACGGCGUCGGGGAGCCGUGUGACACGGAGCAGCUCAGCCUGAGCAGAGGCUGCGGUGACAGCAAGCUGCUGAGGGGUCUGUGGGCCAGCGCCGUGCUGCUGGGGCCCAACGCUUACGGGUCGUCUUCUCUGAGGUUCGAUGAGCGCACGGUGAGCCCUCUGCUGUCCCUCUCCGACGACCUUUACACUUUGACCUUCUCCCCCAAAAAAGCUCGCCAACUGCCGCAGUACGACCCGGCGCGCUUCGACCGCUGGCCCAACGCCCUCGGCUCGCUGUCGGUGUCCUCCGGCACCCACAGCUGGGUGGUGGACGUGGGCCAGAGCGGCGCCUUCAAGGUCGGGGUCUGCUACAGCUCCCUGGAGCGCAAAGGCUCCGGGGACGAGGCCCGACUGGGCCAAAACGAACGGUCCUGGGUGCUGUCUCACUACGACGGGGACUACUCCUUCUGGCACGCCGGGAAGAAGGAGCCCCUGCAGGUGGCCAGGAAACCCCAGAGGAUCGGCCUGCUGCUGGACUGGCCCAGUCAGACGCUGUUGUUUUACGAGGUCGACUCCAGCGCCGUGAUCCACUCCGUCACGCAUCACUUCAGCGCCCCGCUGCUGCCGGCGUUCGCCGUGACGGACCGCAGCAUCACCAUCCUGCAUUGACCCCGACGCACAAAAACUACACCACCGUGAACAUGUGAAGAAAUGCCUUUGAUCAGCAGCCAAAGAUCCUCCACCUGGCUAUUCAGUUAUGAAAGGUGUACAUUUCUAUUUAUUUUAUUACUAGCUGUUUAUUUUUCUUUUACAGUUUUAAUGAUUCAAUAGAUUUUUAUUUAGAGCUGAUGAGACAAUUGUACCGUACUUGUUGAUUAUGUUAUACAGGAGUGCUGUAACAGCUUUUUGCUUGAAUGACAAUGGUGUUCUUCAAAUCCCAUUAAUAGAAUCAGUUUGAUCGUUGUAAUGGAAAAACAUUAAUAAUACUGGUUGAUCCAGGGAUGUUUAGAAUGUUGUGUGACAAAGAAUAUAUAUUACUAAUAAUAUAAAACAAUUACUACAGAAAUAUUAGAGAAUGUAUGAAUGUUAUAUGCUCAGCUAACCAAUUACUACAUUUUAAAUAGGAUUACACGUGGUAUGAUUUUGUGAUUUCUGUAGCAUUAUUGUACUACCAGAGCUGUCUUUUCAUGUCCCAGCAGCGUUUUGUCUGUCUGCAUUUGUGAAUGUAGUACUGUUAAGUACAUUAAGUAAUACUUUAAAAUAUCAGGUGUCCGGCAGGAUCCGGUUAAAGGAGCUCAAAAACACUUGUUACAUGUUGUGUUGAACUCUUUAGUGGAGGACCUGAGAAUAUAGUGAAAGUUCUGCAUUGGAAAUGUUUUUUUUUUCAAAUAAAGUAUGUAAGUAUAUACUGCCUCAGUAUGUACAUGUACUAAAGGUAUUAAAAGUAGCGUAAAAUGCCCUCUAUGUGACUGUUACUAUUCUAUAUCAUGUAACUAGAUAAUUAUCAUACAUUAAGCACCAAUUGACCCUCAUAGUAGGUGGAGGUAGAACUCAUGGUUAAUUAUUUUGAAUUAUAUUAUAUAUUAUAUUACCAAACCAUUAAGAUUUAAUUGUUCUACUGCUUAUAUCGAGCUACAUGACGAGAAAUGAUCAUAUUUAUUUAGCUUUUGUUUAUUAUGUUGAAGGCCAACGUUUUUAAUACUUUGAAGAUUGCAUUGAACAAAAGCCUCUUUAUUCUUUUGCUUUCGUAACUAAUUGAUACAUUAAAAAAACUCACUGGCUGAACCCCAAUCCGAGAAGAAUCAACUCACUCACCAAGUUAAGUGAUGCAUGUUUAUUUGGGAUAUUAUUGAAGCGCGGUGAAAUCAAGUCAGUUGCCAUGGGCAUCUAUUGAGGCCAGCCACAUGACCCAAAGCCAUGGCAAAUUGUUGUUAUGGUUUUAUCUUGUGAUUAAAUUCUGCAUUUGGUUGUAAAAAAUCAGAAAUGAAAUGGCAUCAUAUCUUCCCAGUGCUUGUCUGUCCAAACCUCAAAUGUAUGAAUACAUUUUUUAUUUAUUUAAACUAGCAUA